AUGAGCUGCUGUGGCUGUUCCGGAGGCUGUGGCUCCAGCUGUGGGGGCUGUGGCUCCAGCUGCUGCAAGCCUGUGUGCUGCUGCAAGCCUGUGUGCUGCUGUGUGCCUGCCUGUUCCUGCUCCAGCUGUGGAGGCUGCAAGGGAGGCUGUGGUUCCUGUGGGGGCUGCAAGGGAGGCUGUGGCUCCUGUGGGGGCUGCAAGGGAGGCUGUGGCUCCUGUGGGGGCUGCAAGGGAGGCUGUGGCUCCUGUGGAGGCUGCAAGGGAGGCUGUGGCUCCUGUGGAGGCUGCAAGGGAGGCUGUGGCUCCUGUGGGGGCUGCAAGGGAGGCUGUGGCUCCUGUGGCUCCUGUGGUUCCUGUGGAGGCUGUGGCUCCUGUGGGGGCUGCAAGGGAGGCUGUGGUUCCUGUGGAGGCUGCAAGGGAGGCUGUGGCUCCUGUGGCUCCUGUGGAGGCUGCAAGGGAGGCUGUGGCUCCUGUGGGGGCUGUGGCUCCUGUGGGGGCUGCAAGUCCAGCUGCUUCCAGUUGUUGCAAGCCCUGCUGCUGUCAGUCCAGCUGCUGCAAGCCCUGCUGCUCUUCAGGCUGUGGGUCAUCUUGCUGUCAGUCCAGCUGCUGCAAGCCCUGCUGCUCUUCAGGCUGUGGAUCUUCCUGCUGUCAAUCCAGCUGCUGCAAGCCCUGCUGCUGUGUCCCUGUGUGCUGUCAGUGCAAGAUCUGAUGACCACAAGCCACCCAUCUGUUUCAUUCCCCUGGAGGAAGUACACAUUCCAACCCUUGGUCAUAUCCCUGCUCUAUGCUAGUCUCUACUUCUGCUCUGGUCUACCUCUUCAACAUUUCUUACGGACAUAA